AUGAACGUUUGCGAUAACCUGGGUGAUCAUUUGGUGGGAAAUGUGUAUAUCAAAUUCGCACAAGAAGAAGCCGCCGAGAAGGCAGUGUUGGGAUUAACUAAUCGGUGGUUUGCAGGCAGACCUAUCCAUGCCGAGUUAUCGCCGGUGACAGAUUUCCGCGAAGCGUGUUGUCGACAGUACGAGAUGGAGCAAUGCAGUCGUGGUGGAUUCUGUAAUUUCAUGCAUGUACGCCCUGUCGGCCGUGAACUGCGCAGAGAGUUAUUCGGCAACUCGAGGCGUGGACGACAGUACACCUGGGAGCCCGCAAAAGUCAAUAGUCGGGAUCGCGACCGCGCACGUGAAGAACACGCCGGAAGAGAUUGA